AAUGUGUGGUCGAAUUUGUUGCGCAUUGGACCCUGAGACUUUAUGUUGUGCAUGUGGAUAUAAGGAUGUCAAUGGUAAACAACGUAAAUUAACAUGGACUAAAACUGAAUUAAAAUAUGAUCCAUCGUAUAAUAUGUGUCCACGAGAUGUCCUGCCUUGUAUAACAUCUGGUUCACAUUUUGAAGGAGAAAAAGAGGAAAGAGUUCUUUGUGCUAUGACAUGGGGAAUGAUUCCACCUUGGUAUCAGGGGGAUUAUAAGAAACGUCCAAAUAAGAUAGCCACUCACAACAGUCGUUUAGAAAACAUACAUUCCUCAACAGUAUAUUCUCCAUCAUUGCAAAAGCAACAAAGAUGUAUCGUGAUUUGUGAAGGUUUCUAUGAAUGGAAACCUGGUACAGAUAACAAAGUUCAGAAACAACCAUACUAUAUAUAUGCAACUCAAGACAAAGAUAUAAAAGCAGAUGAUCCUACAACAUGGGGUAAUGAAUUUUCUGAAACAAAUGGAUGGAAAGGUUUUAAAUUAUUAAAAUUAGCUGGAAUAUUUGGAAUACAUAAAACUGAAGAGGGGAACAUUAUAUAUAGCUGUUCCAUUAUUACAAGAGAGAGUAAUAAGGUAUUGUCUUGGCUACAUCAUCGCAUGCCAGUAUGUUUAAGCAACGAGGAAGAAUGUCAAGUAUGGUUAAGUAAAGAUUUAUUGACAGAUGCAGCAAUUAAAACGUUAAAUGACAUGAUAUUACAAGAAACUGCACUAAACUGGCAUCCAGUAUCUAUGAUUGUUAAUAAUGGAUUCAAUAAAACUAUUGACUGUAGAAAAAAGAUAAAACCAAAGGAGAUUAGUCAAGCAUCUUUUAUGGCUUCUUGGCUGCAAAAAGGAUCAGCCACUUCAAAUAAAAGAAAAAGCACAAAUGAUAAAGAUACAUACAACCAAGAAGAUAAGAACAUCUCAAAAAUUCGAAAAGAAAAUUAAAAUUUAUGAG